GCUUAAGCAGCUCUCUUUCCCUGUGCCUGAAUGUGAGAGGAGCUGGACGAGCGAAGCCUCCGAUCUAAAUCCGACUCCAUCAUCCCCAAAAGGCACGGUUUACCUUCGCCAAAAUGACCGAGCAGAUGACCGUGAGGGGGACCCUGAAGGGGCAUAACGGUUGGGUCACCCAGAUCGCCACGACUCCCCAGUUUCCCGACAUGAUCCUGUCUGCGUCCAGAGACAAGUCCAUAAUCAUGUGGAAGCUGACGCGAGACGAGACCAACUACGGCAUCCCCCAGCGGGCGCUCCGCGGCCACUCCCACUUUGUUAGCGACGUGGUCAUUUCCUCUGAUGGGCAGUUCGCCCUGUCCGGAUCCUGGGACGGGACUCUGCGUCUGUGGGACCUGACCACCGGAACCACGACCCGACGCUUCGUGGGUCACACCAAGGACGUCCUGAGCGUGGCAUUCUCCGCCGAUAACCGCCAGAUUGUGUCCGGCUCCCGGGACAAGACCAUCAAGCUAUGGAACACCCUGGGAGUCUGCAAGUACACCAUCCAGGAUGAGAGCCACACCGAGUGGGUGUCCUGCGUGCGCUUCUCCCCCAACAGCAGCAACCCAAUCAUCGUCUCCUGCGGCUGGGACAAGAUGGUCAAGGUGUGGAACCUGGCCAACUGCAAGCUGAAGACGAACCACAUUGGCCACACGGGAUUCCUGAACACCGUCACCGUCUCUCCUGAUGGAUCCUUGUGUGCCUCCGGUGGCAAGGAUGGGCAGGCCAUGCUGUGGGACCUCAAUGAGGGCAAACACCUGUACACCCUGGAUGGAGGUGACACCAUCAACGCUCUCUGCUUCAGCCCCAACCGAUACUGGCUGUGUGCCGCCACCGGUCCCAGCAUCAAGAUCUGGGACCUGGAGGGCAAGAUCAUCGUGGAUGAGCUGAGGCAGGAAGUGAUCAGCACGAACAGCAAGGCGGAGCCACCCCAGUGCACUUCCCUUGCCUGGUCUGCUGACGGACAGACCCUGUUUGCUGGCUACACUGACAACCUGAUCAGAGUGUGGCAGGUUACCAUUGGAACCAGAUAAGGGGGUAAAAGGGACUUCCAGAAGACGCCAACAAAACUAAGAACUGUUAACCUUGAAGAAUAAAAAAAUAAAAACCGAAACCCAUUUUGCGUGCUCAUUA